AUCCAUGCAAAUGAGCGAAUAGAUGCGGAACACAGCGAAGGACAGACGGCUCAUCGGCUGCUGGAUCGCUGGCCUUCACGGCUCUUUAGGCACUAUUUCAUACAACAUUGUCUUCUAUUUCUCAGCACAUACGUGUCGCGUGUAAAGAUGGCGCAGACAGACACCAAGAAGAUCUUCUUUGAGAACCUGUCUGGCGCGGGAAAAGCCAUCGCGGUGCUGACGAGCGGAGGUGAUGCUCAAGGGAUGAAUGCCGCUGUGCGCGCUGUGGUUCGAAUGGGAUUAUAUGUAGGAGCAAAAGUUUAUUUUAUACGUGAGGGAUACCAGGGUAUGGUGGAUGGUGGGGAGAACAUAAAGGAAGCCACAUGGGAGAGUGUGUCCAGCAUGCUUCAAGUGGGCGGCACUGUUAUUGGCAGUGCCCGCUGCAAAGAGUUUCGCACCCACGAGGGACGCCUGAAGGCUGCCUUCAACUUGGUGAAGCUUGGCAUCACCAACCUGUGCGUCAUCGGGGGGGAUGGCAGUCUGACAGGAGCCAACCUCUUCCGGGAAGAAUGGAGUGGACUGUUGACAGAACUGGUGGAGCAAGGUUCCCUCGAGCCCCAGUCCGUUCAGACCUACUCUGCUCUUCACAUCGUCGGGAUGGUUGGCUCCAUCGAUAACGACUUCUGUGGAACUGACAUGACGAUUGGCACAGACUCUGCCCUGCACCGAAUCAUUGAGGUGGUUGAUGCAAUUAUGACAACAGCUCAGAGUCACCAGAGGACUUUUGUCUUAGAAGUCAUGGGCAGACAUUGCGGCUAUUUGGCCUUGGUUAGUGCUCUGGCUUGUGGUGCAGACUGGGUGUUAAUCCCUGAGAUGCCUCCAGAUGAUGGCUGGGAAGAGAAGAUGUGUGAAAAACUAUCUGCGAACCGAGCAGAAAUGAAAAGGCUGAAUAUCAUAAUAGUAGCUGAAGGAGCGAUUGAUGGUAACAACAAGCCUAUUACCACUGACUCUAUAAAGGAUCUUGUUGUCAAGCGUUUGGGUUUCGACACGCGAGUGACAAUCCUGGGUCACGUGCAGCGAGGAGGGACCCCAUCCGCCUUUGAUCGCAUCCUGGCCAGUCGCAUGGGUGUGGAGGCUGUUCUUGCCCUGCUGGAGACCACGGCCAACACACCCGCCUGUGUGGUGUCUCUGUGUGGGAACCAGUCAGUGCGCUUGCCUCUGCUGGAAUGUGUACAAAUGACUCAAGAGGUGCAGAAGGCAAUGGAUGAAAAAAAGUUUGAAGAAGCAGUGAAGCUCCGCGGAAGGAGUUUUCAGAACAACCUGAAGACGUACAAACUGUUGGCUCAUCGCAAGCCAGAGUCUGAACUUCCACACAGCAAUUUCAACGUGGCGGUGUUGAACGUGGGCGCCCCCGCAGCAGGCAUGAACGCGGCUGUUCGUUCAGCUGUCAGAGUGGGCAUCUCGGAGGGACACAAGAUGUUUGCUGUCAGUGACGGAUUUGAGGGCUUCUACAAAGGUCAGAUCAAGGAGAUCAAAUGGGCUGACGUUGGGGGGUGGACAGGACAGGGAGGAUCUCUGCUGGGAACUAAAAGAACACUGCCCGCAAAGCACGUGGGCAAAAUAGCUGAGCAGAUGCGUACACACAACAUAAAUGCACUGCUUGUGAUUGGGGGAUUUGAGGCCAUCCUGUCACUGCUGGAGUUGUUAACGGCGCGCGGGAAGUAUGAGGAGUUCUGUGUGCCCAUGGUCAUGGUCCCGGCCACGGUCUCCAACAAUGUGCCGGGCUCAGACCUCAGCAUUGGCGCUGACACGGCUCUCAAUGCCAUUACUACUGCGCUUGAGAGUCUGCUGCAGCUGUAUGAGGCACGUGCUACCCACCCGGAGUUUUGCAUCCCCAUGUGUAUGCUGCCUGCCACCAUAAGUAACAAUGUGCCGGGUUCAGAUCUAACCAUCGGUGCAGACACGGCCCUCAAUGCCAUUGUGGAGACCUGCGACCGCAUCAAGCAGUCGGCCAGCGGGACCAAGAGGCGCGUGUUCAUCAUCGAGACCAUGGGGGGCUACUGUGGCUACCUGGCCACCGUCGCUGGCUUGGCGGCCGGGGCCGACGCCGCCUACAUCUAUGAGGAGCCUUUUGACAUCAGAGACCUGCAGGCCAACGUUGAGCACCUGACAGAGAAAAUGAAGACAAGUAUUCAAAGAGGCCUGGUGCUCAGGAACGAGAACUGCAACGACAACUACACCACGGACUUCAUCUACCAGCUCUACACGGAAGAAGGGAAAGGUGUGUUUGACUGCAGGAAGAAUGUCCUGGGACACAUGCAGCAGGGAGGAGCUCCGUCUCCAUUUGACCGAAACUUUGGGACCAAGAUCUCGGCCAAGGCCAUGCAGUGGGUUUCCAAGAAGCUGCUGGAGACCUUCAGACAAGGCCGAGUGUUCGCCAACAGCGAGGACAGCUGCUGCCUGCUGGGAAUGCGGCGCAGGGCUCUCAUCUUCCAGCCCGUGGUCCAACUCAAGGAGCGGACUGACUUUGUUCACAGGAUCCCCAAGGAGCAGUGGUGGCUGAAGCUCCGCCCACUGAUGAAGAUCCUGGCCAAGUACAAGACCAGCUACGACGUGUCGGACUCCGGGCAGCUGGAACACGUGGUGCACAGCAUCCCUCGGGACUCUGACGCCUCCGUGGCCAUGUGACCGCGCCCCCGGCGUGUUGACCUUUAACCUAAACAGUGUUCCUACUGUAAUGUCCUCACACACCUGCUUGAUUAGUCCCAUGCUCCUUUUCAAUUGCACUUUCUGGCUCCACUUAUGUCGGGCAGAGCCGCACUCUCCCUAACACCAGUCCUUCACACUAGUCCCUUACACCAGUCCCUUAAACCAGUCCCUUACACCAGUCCCUUACACCAGUCCCUUACACCAGUCCCUUAAACCAGUCCCUUAAACCAGUCCUUUACACCAGUCCCUUAAACCAGUCCCUUAAACCAGUCCUCUACACUAGUCCUUUAAACCAGUCCCUUGAACCAGUCCUCUACACCAGUCCCUUGCACCAGUCCUUUGCACCAGUCCCUUACACUAGUCCCUUACACCAGUCCCUUAAACCAGUCCCUUACACCAGUCCCUUACACCAGUCCCUUACACCAGUCCUUUACACCAGUCCCUUAAACCAGUCCCUUAAACCAGUCCUCUACACUAGUCCUUUAAACCAGUCCCUUGAACCAGUCCUCUACACCAGUCCCUUGCACCAGUCCUUUGCACCAGUCCCUUACACUAGUCCCUUACACCAGUCCCUUAAACCAGUCCCUUACACCAGUCCCUUACACCAGUCCCUUACACCAGUCCUUUACACCAGUCCUUUACACCAGUCCCUCACACCGGUCCCUUACACCGGUCCCUUACUCUAGUCCUCUACACUACUCCUUUAAACCAGUCCCUUGAACCAGUCACUUACACCAGUCCUUUACACCAGUCCCUUACACCAGUCCUCCACACCAGUCCUUUACACCAGCCCCUUAAACUAGUCUUUACACCAAUCCAGUGAGUCUUUAGGAUCCAGGGUGUCUUAGGGUCCAGUGAGUUUUCUAUACGGUGCAGGGAGUCUUUAGGGUCUAGGGAGACUUUAGGGUCCAGUGAGUCUUUAGGUCCCAGGGAGUCUUCUUUAAGGUCCAGGGAGUCUUCUUUAGGGUCCAGUGAGUUUUCUAUAGGGUGCAGGGAGUCUUCUAUAGGAUCCAGGGAGUCUUUAGGGUCUAGGGAGACUUUGGGGUCAAGUGAGUCUUUAGGUCCCAGGGAGCCUUUAGGGUCCAGUGAGUCUUCUAUGGGGUCCAGUGAGUCUUUUAUGGGGUCCAGUGAGUCUUUAGGGUCCAGGGACUCUAUAUGGUCCAGUGAGUCUUCUAUAGGGUCCAGUGAGUCUUUAGGGUCCAGGGACUCUAUAUGGUCCAGUGAGUCUUCUAUAGGGUGCAGGCAGUCUUUAGGGUCCAGGGACUCUAUAUGGUCCAGUGAGUCUUCUAUGGGGUCCAGUGAGUCUUUAGGGUCCAGGGACUCUAUAUGGUCCAGUGAGUCUUCUAUAGGGUCCAGUGAGUCUUUAGGGUCCAGGGACUCUAUAUGGUCCAGUGAGUCUUCUAUAGGGUCCAGUGAGUCUUUAGGGUCCAGGGACUCUAUAUGGUCCAGUGAGUCUUCUAUAGGGUCCAGUGAGUCUUUAGGGUCCAGGGACUCUAUAUGGUCCAGUGAGUCUUCUAUAGGGUCCAGUGAGUCUUUAGGGUCCAGGGACUCUAUAUGGUCCAGUGAGUCUUCCAUAGGGUCCAGUGAGUCUUUAGGGUCCAGGGACUCUAUAUGGUCCAGUGAGUCUUCCAUAGGGUCCAGGCAGUCUUUGGGGUCCAGUGCAGGUGAGAGAGAGACCAGCAUGCAGCCACAGGUGUGUGCAACAUAAUAGUUCAUUUUCCACAGGCGUUGUGUCUAAAAGUGUGUUGUCAAUGUUGUGCUGAGCUGCUGUCCCACAUUCCAUCUUCCUCUCACAAUAAAUGAUCAAACUGA